AUGCGUCUCUCUUCUCACUACGGAAUUCUCGCCGCGGUUGCUCUCUUGGUUUCCUUCAGCUCUGCAGACCCUUUGGGCACAUCAUCUACCGAAUCUUCUCUGUUGGAUGUCAUUCCGAACUGUGCUAAAACAUGCGUGAACAACUUCAUCGACACCGAAUACACGUCCUGCUCGUCGUCAAAUACCAACUGUCUCUGUAAAACAGCCACGAAGAAUGGCUAUACUCUGGGAGAAGCGAGCCUGAGCUGUCUCUAUGCCGUCUGCUCAAAGUCUAUUAUCUCCAAAGACAGCGAAAGCGUCUAUGCUAUCUGCGACUCGGUAAAUGGCCAUAUCGCUGAAACGCUGCCGACAAUCACCGCGAUCAGCUUUGCUCCAGCGUCCUCGACGACGACCGCUGAUAGUACAACAUCCGACACGACAACCACCUCCAAAUCCACUUCCACGAAUACAUCCAGAACGACGAAAACCGACAAGUCCGCGGACAAUACCUCUUUACCGAGUGUUGCAUCUACUUCUGACUCAGAAUACGCCUCCAGCCCUACGAGCCCUUCUGCUUCAUCCACUCAAACCAGUGGAAAGUCCCACAUCACAUCAGGCACGGUCAUCGGAGUGUCUGUCUCAUCUGGAGUGGCGGGCUGUUUUAUUAUCGGAGUGGCCGUAUUCUUCUUGAGCAAAAAAUGGAGGCAGAAGAAAGGCGAAGAGGGCGGUGAAUUUGAGAUCGGAGGUAGCAUGUCCGAGCCUCUCGACUUCUCAAGGCCAUCUUCCGGAAAUUCCAUGUAUAACCCAGGUACUGGAGGGGACCCUGGUCCAGGUGGUGGAUUCUUUGCCAGCGGAGCACUUCAGUCGAACGAAGUGCAUGCCUUCCGUUCACUAUCUAAUAACGCAUCAAUUGAGACUGCUGGCGCUUGGGCUCGGGGAGCUCUCGGUGCCGGUCUGCCGCAGCAGGACAACGAGAACGAGCUAGCUGAAAACACAAUCAACUCGCCUGGGUCAUAUGGAACACCGCCCAGGACGUUGUCCUCUCAACGCACACUCACGGACCCGCCUCAACAACCCAUUCCAAUACAUCCUCCGGCUCUGAAAUGGAAUCAUCGUCCAGAUAGCGGCGAAACUCUAUUCGAAGAAGAUGAAUAUUUGCCGAAUGUCCCACUGCAAGAUAAUUCGUUUUCAAUGACUUCGCCAGUGUCAGCAGCAGCGACAUCCUUUGGCGCCACAGGACUCCCAUCCAAUCCUCGCGCUAUAAAGGAUGGAUUGAUGCCCAGCCCAGCCGAGUGGCCUGGAGGAGGAGGCGGCCAAACUCUAUCCCCGGUUGCACAAAUACUGCCAACCUAUACAAGCGAGAGAACGCUGGGGUCUCCUUUCUCCGCAGACAAAUACACAAGCGGACUUGAAUCAAAUAACAUUCGCCUACCCCGGCAAAGUAGCAUCUAUUCUACCCACCCAGAACUCGCUUUUCCACGGCCCAUUACAACCUUUGGUACCGUUCCUGCACUUCCUUCAAUACCAAAUCUACCUGGAUUGUCUGGGAUAACAACACCGCCGGUAACCACACCCGCUGGUUCCACCGUAACGAAACAUCCCUUCGGCCCUCCGGCCAAAGUGCACAAUUUGCCCGGGAUGGCAUCUAGUCCAAAGACACCUUUUCGCGCCGAUUCGCCUAGACGCCCUCCACUUACGCGCCCAGGACAACGCACAGGAAAGCGGGGAGCCCUUGCAGAAAUUGUUUCGCGGCCACGGAUCAUCCGAAAAGAUGAUAUAAAACGCGUUCAGAUUGGCAGCAAUAGUAGCCGGUCUCCGGGCGGUGUUCUAGCUCCAUACUCCCCGGAAGAUUUCUGGCUGGAGCGUACUCGGAGUCAAUUACCUCCACCGCCACCUCGUACCGGGACGGCUGAGCUUCCAUAUCCAUCGGAAGCUUAUCCGGGCCAGGUGCAUUACCCAUCAAGCCCAAAAAAACAACCCGACGACAUCCCUAUUCGAUCAUCAACAGUGAGUCCUCAGCUGACUCCCUCCAGGCGAGGACAUGACCUUAUAUUGCAUGUGGACUGA